ACGUCCGCGAUGGCGCGCAGCAGCAGCCCCCUCGUCGCCGUCCUCCUGUGCACGGCGCUGCUGUGGGCAGGCAGCCACACCUUCGUGCCGCAGCCGGCGCAGCGGUCGCUGGCCGCUGCUGGGGGUGCGGUGGGCGCCUUGGGCUUGUCCCAGUUGCCGGCGCUCGCCACGGAGGGCCAGGAGGCCAUCGGCGGGAGCAGCGUUGCCCUGGCCGGCGGAGAGGAGGCCCUGUUCUACGUGGGCAUCAUCUUCAUAACGCUCAUCACCUUGGUCCUGGCCGUG